CAAGCACCUGGAAGGCCAGCAACAUCCACUAUGUCUUAUGAUCGCACCUUCUAACGCACCCACUGUCAAGCUCACUAUGACUGACUCAACCCAACAGAUUCGCGACCAUAUUAUUCGCCAGAUUCGAGUAAUCCUUUUUGAGUUCCUGCGAGAUGUCGGUUCAGGCACGAUGCGAAUACUUGGUGAUACUCCGAAUAGCAUUCUUGAUCCUGAAGAUUACUUAGGAUCCAUACGUCCAUUUGCCUCAACGGUCCAGGAAUGCCUUCAUGAAUAUUAUACCAACAACAAGACCUGUUUCGUCGCUGUGAAUAUUUACCGUGGAAAGCACUCUUAUGUCGUGGUCGAUCUUAAUAAUACUGAUUAUAACUAUCACACGGCUCAUGAAUGCAAAACGUUGAUACCUGUUUAUGUUCUUCGCCUUUCGAAGAGACAACCGACGAUUUUCAGAAAACGAGAGCUAGAUGGACCAAUCGCCGAGACCCUCAGGAUCAUGCAUAAUGGCCAUGGUCAGGAUCCUCUACCUUUGUUUGACAACUAUUACGACGAGAAUAGCCAAUAUGGCAACCCACGCAGCCUUCAAAAAUCAUCUCUGGAAUAUCUGCUCUGAACCGGUCGAUGCAAUUGUAUUGUAUCUACACAGACAUCAAGCGCAA